AAAGAUUUGUUAACACGCUUAGUGAUAAAAAAAACUCUUUAAAUACCCAAAUCAAUUACUUCAUCAAAACCCUAAAUUGAACUCAAUCAAAAUGUCGGCGCAAGAACAAGUUCGAAACAUUUGCAUUCUAGCACACGUUGAUCAUGGCAAAACAACGUUAGCGGAUCACUUAAUCGCAUCUUGUGGUGGAGGAGUUUUACAUCCAAAACAAGCAGGUAAAUUACGAUUCAUGGAUUAUCUUGAUGAAGAACAAAGAAGAGCAAUUACCAUGAAAAGUUCAUCAAUUUGUUUACAAUAUAAAUCUCAUUUAAUUAAUUUAAUUGAUUCUCCUGGUCAUAUGGAUUUUUGUAGUGAAGUUUCAACUGCAGCAAGGUUAAGUGAUGGCGGGUUAGUUUUAGUUGAUGUAGUUGAAGGUGUUCAUAUUCAAACUCACGCUGUUUUAAGACAAGCUUGGAUUGAGAAACUAACCCCAUGUUUAGUUUUAAACAAGAUUGAUAGGUUAAUUUGUGAAUUAAAGAUGACGCCCAUGGAAGCUUAUACUAGAUUAUGGAAGAUAGUUCUUGAGGUUAAUAGUAUAGUGAGUGGAUAUAAAUCUGAGAAAUAUUUAUCAGAUAUUGAUUCUAUUCUUGCUAGCGGGUCGAACAGUGAAUUGGGUUGUGAUCAAGAUUAUGAAUUUGUGGAAGAUGAUCAGGAAGAUAUGUUUCAACCUCAAAAGGGUAAUGUGGUUUUUGGUUGUGGAUUGGAUGGAUGGGGUUUUAGUGUGGAGGAGUUUGCUGAGUUUUAUGCAUCUAAACUUGGAGCGAGUACCGCUGCUUUGAGAAAGGCGUUAUGGGGUCCUUGGUAUUUUAACACCAAGAGUAAGAGAAUAGUGGGAAAGAAAGCAAUGGGAGGGGGCAGUAAGGUUCGUCCGAUGUUCGUUCAGUUUGUUUUGGAACCUUUGUGGCAGGUUUAUCAGGCGGCUCUUGAGCCCGAUGGUGACAAGGGGAUGUUAGUGAAGGUGAUUAAAUCAUUUAAUUUGUCCGUUCCAUCACGUGAGCUUAGUAAUAAGGAUCCUAAAGCUGUUCUUCAAGCUGUGAUGAGUCGCUGGUUGCCGCUUUCUGAUACUGUGUUGUCGAUGGUUAUAAGGUGUAUGCCAGACCCUGUAACAGCACAGGGUUGGCGAAUUGGUAGGUUACUUCCUAAGAGGGAGGUUGUGGAUAAGGUGGCUGAGUCUGAGGUGUUUUCUGAGGCUGAAUUCACAAGGAAGUGUGUGGAAAAAUGUGAUUCUAGUUCUGAUGCUCCGACUGUUGCUUUUGUUUCUAAGAUGUUUGCUGUUCCGAGGAAGAUGAUUCCUCAAUUGGGUCCAAAUGGGGAAAUAUUGAAUAAUUCGACUGAUGAAUAUGGGAAUAACACGGAAUCUGAUGAAUGUUUUCUUGCAUUUGCUAGGAUCUUUAGUGGAGUUCUUACUUCAGGACAGAAAAUCUAUGUUCUUUCUGCUUUGUAUGACCCACUUAAAGGGGAAACAUCACAGAAGCAUUUGCAGGUUGCAGAACUACAGUCAUUGUAUCUGAUGAUGGGGCAGGGUUUAAAACCUGUUGCCUCGGCCAAGGCUGGGAAUGUGGUAGCUAUACGAGGACUUGGACAGCAUAUCUUGAAAAGUGCUACUCUUUCAUCAACUAAGAACUGUUGGCCUUUCUCAAGCUUGAUGUUUCAAGUUUCUCCAAUGCUAAAAGUUGCCAUUGAACCUUCCGACCCGUCAGAUAUGAGUGCUCUCAUGAAGGGUUUGAGGCUAUUAAAUCGCGCAGAUCCAUUUGUUGAGGUGUCAGUGUCUUCCAGAGGAGAACAUGUGCUUGCUGCUGCAGGAGAGGUGCAUCUCGAGAGAUGCACAAAAGAUUUGAAAGAAAGGUUCGCCAAAGUGAGCUUGGAAGUCUCGCCUCCUCUGGUUUCUUACAAAGAGACUAUUGAGGGUGAGGGACCGAAUCCAUUGGAUAAUUUAAAAGUACUGUUAGGAAAUACCGACUUUGUUGAAAAAACAACUCCCAAUGGAAGAUGCACUGUCAGAGUACAUGUCAUGAAGCUUCCAACUGCACUCACUAAGUUGCUUGAUGAGAAUUCAGACACUCUUGGAGAAAUUAUUAGUGGUAAACUCGGUCAAACUUAUAAGAAGUUGGAAUCCCAGAUAGGUUCUGUUGCAGAAGAUGAAGAGCCACUUGAAGCACUAAGGAAACGCAUUACGGAUGCUGUAGAAAGUGAUAUUGUUUCUGCUGUUGGGGAAAAUGACACUGAUAAGAUUCAAAAGUGUAAGCUUUUAUGGGAUCAGCUUCUCGAGAGGAUUUGGUCGCUGGGUCCUGGCCAGGUUGGCCCUAAUUUACUCAUUACCCCAGAUUCUAAAGAUAAAAAUACGGAGGAUUCAAUAAUCGUUCCUGGAUACUCGCACGUGUCUGCUAAACUGGGUUUUAUAGAUGAUUCUAAAAAUUCGUGUUCUGCCCAGGUUGAUCAAGCACUUUAUGCAGAAGCUGUUAGUCUGGAAAGUAGUGUAGUGUCUGGUUUUCAAAUUGCUACUUCAGCUGGUCCAUUGUGUGAUGAACCUAUGUGGGGCUUGGCAUUUAUCGUUGAGGCUUACAUUUCUUCAGCAUCCACUCAAUCCAGUGAGGCUGAUAAUUCUCAACAGCUAUUGGAGCAGUAUGGCAUGUUCACUGGUCAGGUCAUGACAGCAGUGAAAGAAGCGUGUCGAGCUGCUGUACUUCAGAAGAAACCCCGUCUUGUUGAAGCGAUGUACUUUUGUGAGCUGACCACCCCAGUUGAGCAUCUUGGAGCCAUGUACAGUGUACUUGCUCGAAGGAGAGCAAGAAUAGUGAAGGAAGAGAUGAUAGAAAGUUCAUCGUUGUUCACCGUCCAUACUUAUUUGCCGGUAUCUGAAAGCUUUGGGUUUGCAGAUGAGCUUAGGAAAUGGACUUCUGGGUCUUCAAGUGCGCUUCUUGUUCUUAGUCAUUGGGAACAACUUAUGGAGGAUCCUUUCUUUGUUCCGAAAACAGAGGAAGAGAUUGAAGAGUUUGGAGAUGGUUCAAGUGUUCCUCGAAAUACAGCUAGAAAACUGAUUGAUGCUGUGAGGCGGAGAAAAGGAUUGCCUGUGGAGGAAAAGGUUGUUCAGCAUGCAACUAAGCAGAGGACUCUGGCUCGGAAGGUUUAGAACUUUGUUGAUUUCUGUGUUUUUUUUUUUUUUUUUGUUUUUUAACUAUAAUUCAGUGAUCACUGAUCAGUCUUGUGAUUUAUUGGAUAUAAUUUUGGUAGAUGUUCUGAAUACAAAACCUUAUAAAUAUAAUCAAAAAUACAAUGUUUUUGUGAUUUUGGA